UGUCGCACCAUUACAGUAGUUGAUUAAAACGAAUAUGGAAUAUAUUUCUGCCUAUAAAUAAUAGGACAACAGCAACGGAUCAUUUUUUGAUCACGAAAUGGAAAUGUAUCUUGCUCGCUAUCCUAUUAGAUGAUGGAAGUAGACUGCAACCAAGGUGAAUCAACAAUAGCCCCGUUUGAAGAAGACUGUGUCGAACUCGGAGACGUGAAGGAUAUGAGAUUGGAAGCUGAAGCCGUGGUGAAUGACGUCCUCUUUGCAGUGGCUGAAAUGUUCGUUUCCCAGAAGUUGGCCAACGCCUUGGACGUGGCAUACAUAAACGUGGAGACGAGAGAGGGAAACCGCUAUUGCUUAGAGCUUACUGAAGCGGGGCUGAGGGUGGUCGGCUACGCCUUUGACCAAGUGGACGACAGUUUGAGCACACAGUAUCAUGAGACUGUUUACUCCCUACUUGACUCUCUCAGUCCCGGCUACAGAGAGGCCUUUGGGAAUGCCCUGCUGCAGCGACUGGAGAGGUUGAAACAAAACGGACAGUAGCUGAUAUGACGCACAAAUAGAAAAAAACAAUUAGUGAAGCCAUGGUUGUUGUUGCAUUUUCCAUUUGUAAUUCAAGAAGCAUUUUCUGAAGCUUAUAAAAUUAUGACUUUAUCCCUGUUUUGCGUUAAGUAGUUUCACAAGGUCCUCCUCACCCAAAUAUUUUUGUAAAUGUAUUUAUAAUGUAUUGUAGUGUUAGCCUACAUUACAAUAAGUAUGUUUAUUUCUUCUGAAAUUUAAAGCUAUUGCAACAAAAAAGCAUGGCUUAAUAUGUAUAAAAAAUAGACAUUUACUGAAGACAACCUCAUUAACAACAACCCUUCUUUACUUAUUGUCUGCUGAUUUUAGAUUGCACUAAAUACUUGUUCUAUGUUUUAAAUGGUCUUGUGCCCUCUGCUUAAGUGCUUAGCAUUUAUCUAGAUCACCUAGAUAAACCAUAAUGCUGUUUAGCAUCAAUCGGCCAAAGAGAGAGGGCAGGAAGAGCUUUGUAAAGUUAAAAUGUCAAAUGUCCCCUAAAUAUAUACUGAUAUGGUUUUACAACUGCCUUAAAUAUUGACCUUGAUCAUAUUAACUUUACUAUGUUCAUAUAAACAUAUCUGUUCCUUCAAUGUGUUUGCUUCCAUUUACAUGAAACGCAUGCGUUUCAUUUCUACCAUGCCCAUACUAAACUUUUUGAACAUGCUUUAUUCCAAAAACAGAUGGGCGUAUUAUUUUAUUAAUCUGGUAAAGCUGGAUGUAAAAGGGAAAGCUGGUGAAAUGACAUGUGGUGUUUCAAGGAGUGCUGUAGCCUGUUUUGGCAAUUGGCCGCUUCCAUACAAAACCUGAUUUUCCAUUUCUCAAGUUGAGGCAAAUGUCAUAUUGUAUCUGAAAUCAUUUUAAUAUUAAUAUUAAGUAGUCGUCUUUUAUCAUUUGAUUUUCCUACCAGGCAUCCUUUAUACCUGAGCCUGCAUCAUAUGCUGGAAAAUGGAAGAUUGCUUGGUAACAUUAAAUCUAUUUGCAUGUACCAUUAUACAA